AAACAGGUUGCAUGACACACUCGGGUGGGGCUUUUCUUUUUUUAUUAAUCAGGAAGGCUGUCCGCACCUAUUGACAGACACACUCUCUGCGCAAAGACGCACAGGACGCUCUACAAUCCGACGGAUCAGCUCGCGCUCCCUCUCUCAAAACCUACAAAUCCUCGGUCAUGUUUCGCUGCGGGAUCGCCUACCCUCGGUGCAGGUGGAUCGUGCCCCUGCUGCUGCUCUUCGCCAUUAUUUUUGACAUUAUCGCCAUCGCGGCCACGUCGGGAUGGGUCGAGGACGAGGAGGGCAAAUCCCACUACACCAGUAUGUGGGAAGAGUGCCGCGGCAGGAACGACACUUGGGACUGCAGGUCGCUCAUGGACUAUACUUGGGCCCAGGCAGUGGCUGCUCUGAUGAUCAUCGGCCUCAUCAUCCUCAUCAUCGCCUUCAUCAUCUCCUGUUUGGCUCUGUGCUGCACGCUCAACCUCUCUCUCCUGCCGCUCAUUGGAGCGAUGCUGAUUAUUGUUGUGGUUAUCCAGAUCAUCGCUCUCAUCAUCUACCCCGUCAAAUUCAACGAGGAACUCUUCGAGGGCCACUACUACUACACCUGGGCCUACGGCUUCGGCUGGGGAGCCACCAUCCUCUGCAUCGGCUGCGCCGUCCUCUUCUGCUGCCUGCCGCGCUACGAGGAUGAGCUGACCGGUCUGGCCAAGACCAAAUACCUCUAUUCCUCCGCCUAAAUACUAAGCCUGCACCCCUCCCCCACCCACUAACAGACAUUUCCACUCUGAGCUGGAUCGGCGCUGGCCAAUGAACAUUAGUACACUGUACCAUUUCACCAAAGAUCCACGAUGGCUCAGUUCAGUUCAGUUAGAUUUGGCUCGGCAGUCCGACGCAAGGGGCGCUUCUAACUGGAAUUGGACUGUCAUUGGAUGUCUCAUCUGCUUUAAUGUACAAACCUUCAUUUAUAAGUCUUCAUAGAACGCAAAAGAAAAAGUUUUUUGCCAUUCUGCAUUUGAGUGAGACUCAUUUUACAUGGACUUUUUUCCAGUAAUUGUCAAUGGAAGAUCACCGAAGUGCACUUAACCUAAGGGAAUUAAUCAUGUGUAAAGUAUAGCUUUAGCCUGAUUUUAUUUUAUAACGACCUUGGUAGAAGAUGAGUUUGUACUAAAACUUGCACAGGGUGCAAAAUGACUUAUUAAUCAUAAAUUGGUUUUGUCCCAUGUGUUACAAUUAGUUUUUCUCAGUUCUUCAAUGUGUCUUUUACGCUGUAUGUGGUUGUGCGUGCGGUAAGAAGGGAAGAAAAGGCUUGGCGUCGGAAGAUGAAUGUAAUCUACCCGUAUGGAAAUGUGGUUUAACAGUUGCGUUUUCAUGAUUUAUUAUUUUUGGAUAAUUCUUAUCUGCUGUCUCCAGCAUUUUAUAUACUUACUUACUACCAAAGGGUUUAGCUGUGGGAGUUUGCCGUGCUGUCUUUGCAUCUGUUCUGAGCACUAAUCAUACACUUGUUGAGUAGACGCAGCGUGUGACAUUUUAUUGACUUGACUGCAGUUGUCUCACCUCUGUCACUUUAGACUGGAAGCAAAUUCUCUCGUGCAAAUUUAGAAAACAACCUGUCAAAAUGUUGUAUUAAAGGGACCAAUAUUAACUCUAAAUCUCCUUUUUCACGUCUAAGUAGAGAGCAUCCAGAGAGAAGACUUUUUGUGAGAUUAAAAGAGGGAUUAAUUAUGUAUUUUGCUCUAUCCCUCAUUAGAUUUGAUGCUCUUUUGGCUAACUGCUGGUUUGAUGAGGCGCUGAGACCAAGGUGUCCAAUCUGCUGACAUACUGUGUGUAAAACCGGUGCCUUAGCUUCUUUGGUGUUGUGUUUAUGAAUGUCCUAUCCAACUGAUCAGUCUGUUUUACUGACUGUUUAAUCACUGUCAACAGUUACAUUUCCCUCCAUGCCAGACCCAAAUUAUUGCCCAAACCAGACCUAGUUAUAUUGUUUUUAUUACAUGAAGGCGUUCUAAAGGAAAAGAUCAUUGGAAUAUUCAAUUAAGAGUCAACGUCCAUAACCCAUCAUGACUUGGAGUCCUGCAAGUUAUUUAUGCAGUAAAUUGCUCUGUGAAUAACUAAUUUGUUUGAAUUGUGAAUCUGAGUUGAUUCAGGCAGGUGAAGGUCAGGGGAAAAAUAACACGCUUUUACUUUUUAACAUGAAUCUCUAAAUGCCAGCUUUUUUAGAAACAAAUCACUAAGGGUAUAUAAUGUACUAUAGAGAAUGUGUUAUUAAUAUUCACCCACUUCUGGAAAUCACUUGGCUGUUUCUCUGCUGUAGUAUGAAUUUAGGUAGUUUGUGUUUUUUUAAUGCAAUAAAAGUUUUUUUUUUUUUUUUGAAGCAGUUACAUUUUCAGAUUUAUUUCACACCACAGUGUUAAUGUUUAUGUCUGUAGGGAUGGAGAGGGAGAAGGUGGAAAGUAUAACGUGCAUAUAUUGUUAUUUAUGUGUUUCAUAUUCUUAUCUCCACGUCUUUAUUAGGCCAUGAAUAUGAUCACAUUCUUCAAGGGCCAUUGUAAAAGCAUAUAUAUGUAUAACCACCAGAAAUGUACUCGUGUUUCUAAACCGAUCCAAAUAUGCAAAUUUGAAUUGGUUAUUCAAAUAUGUCAGGCUGGGCAAAAAAAUCCAGUUGCAACAUGAAUGCAAUUCAGUGUUUGUACUUAGACUCAUAUUUGGUUUUACAACACACACACACACACAGUCUUACAGAGGAGCACAGUUAAUCAACAACACACAGAUGUGAGUCAUACAUUUACGACAUGCACACACCCAGAGAGCCACACCCUGGGACUCGGCCCAUGUGGGAAUUAGACUUUGCUCAGCAUGUCGUGACAGCUCUGGUUUUUCUGUGAAACAACGUGUGGAGAGGAGACAUACUCAAGAGGGGGAGGGAUGACAUGAGGGUGAGAAAUGCAGUGUGAGGGAGUGGAGGAUGACAGCAAGAGAAAGUCAAUAAAAGACUGGGAGGGGAGUAUAAAGUUAAAGGAGGGGGGAAACAGCAAUACCAAGAAACACUUAAUGUGGGUAAUGUACUGUCCACUCCAUUACAGUUAGAAAAGUGAUGCUCCAUUGUUCUCUUUGUUCAAGCAUGCCUUAACUACAGGUGCAGACUGUAAUAUGUCUCUACAGACUCCACAAACACUAAACUCAUCAACAUUUUAGGAAAUAUGUCCAAAUAAACACAGUAAACAUUAAUUUACAUUACAUUUUACCAUAUACUACAGGACACAAACAUGGAUCUUGAUUAUUACAUUAAUAGGUAUUCAAAUACUAUUUUGAAGAACGCCAAUCCAAAAAUAUUCCAUUACAAGUAAAAGUGUUUAUCAGCUAACUGUAUUGGAAGUACAGAUAUAUAUAUAUAUAUAUCAGUGGCGGGCCGUCAGGGCCAGCAAGGCCUUCUCUGCUGGCCCUAAACAUCAUCAGAAUAUAUAUUUUUUUCUAAAUAUAUUUUCCCACAAAUAUGUAUUCAAUUAUUUCCCAGAGUAAGAGUUAUUCUCUUAAUUUCAUAGCGUUCCUCUUGGUUGCGCUGCUGCCAGCCCCAGGUUGAGAUUUGGAGGGCUGGUAAUUAUGUUAGAUCUUUUAUCCAAUCAUAUUCAGCCAUCGUGUGUUGCCAGGGGGCUAAAAUCUGCCCUUAGGCCUUCAGAAUCAACAUUGCGGGCGCUGUUAGCUUCAAGUGAAUGGGAAUGACAAUGUUGUGUCAACCAAUCAGCUUUAGAGUUGGCUCCUCUAGGCCUUCUAGAAGGCCCCGGAACCGGCACAGGAGGCAGCUAGCAGGCGGAGUGCUGCAGGUCUUUUGAUUGGAUUACCAAUAUUGAGAGGCGGGGCCUAUGGGCAGGUAAAUGCAGAACCUCAGAACUAGGAAACUGAAUUUGAUAGACUGUACAACAGAGUCAUUGUUGAAGUCUUCUUGAGGAAAGAAAGAAGGAUGGAUUUUGUGUUCAAAUAAUCAGUCUUUGGUGAGUAGGCAUACAAUGCAUUCUAUUUUUUAUUAAAUGUGUCUGUAUGUUUGGCACAAAAUAAAAUGGCAAAUAGCCUAUGUUGCAAAUUA